UUAUCAUUAAUAUUGUUCAUAAAUGGCUAUUAAUAACUCUAUUAAGUAGUAAUGAGGAAAAAUUCGAAAUUGGGAAUCAUACAAAUUUUGCAGUCAAAUUUCAAUUGUACCUAUAAAACGAUUUGUUGACGCUUCUUAAUCUAAACGCACGAAAUUAUAAAUAUGUCAGACAGUAUGGAACGAGAUAAAGCUGAAAUGUUGACACCUAAAGAAAGGGAAGAAGAAGAAAUGAAACAGGAACUUUUAGAUAUGAAAAUGUAUGAGACCUGGUAUACUUACAGGGAUAUGAAACAAAUCUUAGGAUUCAUCAAUGAAUCUAAAGAUAUGGCAAAUAUGGCUAAUGAUGAAAAAAAUGCACAAAAGGAAUUAUUACAGACUUCUAAUGAUUGUACUGCAGAAGGGAUGCUCAAGUCAAAUUUAGCACAACAAUUGGAAAUACAAGAGCACAAUGACACCUCUCAGUCAAUGCAUUCAUAUAGACCUAACCAUACAUCACCAAUACGUGAAAGAAUAUCAACUCAUAGCUGUAAUAGUCCUGACAUUGCACCUGCUAUUGCUGAUUCAAGAAACUCUGCAUAUAGAGGACAAAAUUUGGACAAUGAAGAUAUGUUUGUUAAAUUACAAGACAAUUCAAAUAUGAGAGAUAGUUAUUCUCAUACUAUGAGUAAAUACAUUUCAUUAAAAUCAAAUAAUUCUUUACAAGAUUCUGAUAUUAUAAAUAGUACAGAGACAAAGAUGGACACACAUUCUGAAUGUAAUCAGAAAUUGGAUCGAUGGCAAAUUAAUCCACUUGAUUCAUGUGUUAGUGAAAAUGAUGUGCCUUUGCAAAUGCCAAAUCGGCCUGUAGUUGAAGAUCGCAUGCCAUUUAGAUUAUGCAAAGAAGCACAAACACCUGAGAUGCUUGAAAAAUUACUGCCUGCAUUAAACAUUCAUUUGAAACAAACAGCGGAAUUGUGGCAUAGUUGGCACCGUACUACUGAUACUAAGUUUCAGUGGGGGUCACCCAUUCAGGUGGGACUUGCUAAAGAUAAUUCGGAUAAAAAGUCAUUGACAAAUAUUAAGACUGAACAAAAUCAAAUGGAAGGUACAAACAAAUAUAACAAUGAACGACCUAAUAAACGUAAAUCAACUUUGAAUCUUUCUCCUACUGAUAUAAGACAUUUUAAUUGUGAUGAAGAUGAAAAAGCAUUUAAAAAAAAGAAAACUCAAUUUCAUGAAGAUACGAACAAAAUAUUACAUUCCCCUAAACAAGUGUCUACUGUUAAAUACAGUGAAACAGAUCGAAAUUCAGACUAUGAUAAUAUAAGCACACUCCUUGACAAUAGUGAGACUGAAAGUGUUAAAAUGGAACACAAGAAAAAAUUCAAAGAACGUUCUUCAUCUGAAUUAAUUUCCUUACAUUCAAACAAAAUUACACCUCCAUAUGUUAGAAAGAAUAUUAAUAAAAAGAAAGAUCACGUUUCUAAUCCACCCCCACAAAGUCCAUUAGCACAUAGUAGCAAUGAGAAACACAAUACUAUAAAUUUAAUAUCCAAAGACAAUAGUAAUAUUCUCACUGAUAAAGAAAUCCUUCUAGAAUUAAAGAAAGAUAGCGUCAAUGAUAAGGUUAAAACGUCUGAGAAAACCAAAAUUAAACCGUUACCAUUGAAAGGUCUUUCACAUAGAAUAAAAAAUGAAUGUAUAAUUUUAGAAAGAAUUCAGCGUGAGAAACGAAAAAAAAUUGAAAUUGAAAAGGAAGAAGCUCAAAAAAAAGAAAAUGAAGAAAGAAAGAAAAAAGAAGAGUUUUAUAAAAAACAAAUAGAAGAGAAACAAAUAGAGGAGAAGCAAAGAGUAGAGAAAGAAAAGUAUAGAGAAGAGCAGAGCAAAAGGUGGAAAACUGUAGUAGAUAUGAAAUCUCAAAAAAAAAUUAAUAAAGAAGAUAAUGAAAAAUUACAGAGUUUGAAUAGACAAAAUGAAAAUAUGAUUUCAGAAAUCAUAGUACAAAGCAGAUCGUUUCAGGAGAAUAGUACAUUUGUAAGUAGAGAUAUGGAAAUUCCUGAGAAUAAUUUUACAAAUAAGGUAAAUUGUCCUAUCUGUAAUAAAUCUUUUCCAAGUGAUAAAAUAGAAACACAUGCUGCUGGAUGUGAACAAUAUGUGUCAGACAGUGAAUAUGAAAAUGAGUAUGAAAAUGAUGUACAUGUUUUUGAAAAUAAAGUAUCACCAUUAAACACUGACAGUGAUGAAAUUUUUGAAUGUCACAUUUGUUCGAAGUAUAAAACGACUAAUGGAAUACAUUACGAAGAUCACGUUAAUACAUGCCUGCAAAGAAAACAUCAACAUGAAUCUUUAACUGGUAACAUUACAAGUAACAAACACAAAUAUGGAAUCACAUUUCCUGCAACUGUACCAGGUGGAAUUUAUACAGAUUUGAGCAAAGCAAAUAUAAUACCAGACAAUUUUAUUAAAAAUAAUGAUAUAACCAACCGAUGGGUUGGUAAUCAAUCAGUUGUUUACAGUAAAAUGUUUUAUGCAAAUAAUAAUCUAUUAAAUGCUCCUAAAGUGGUAUUAAUUUUCCAUGGUGUGGAUACAUUUUCUACAAUCUUUUUAAACCAGCAGAAACUUGGGGAAACAUCAAAUAUGUUCUUAAGAUAUACAUUUGAUGUUACAAAAUAUUUAGAAAUAGGAGUGAAUUUAUUAGAAGUCUUCAUUUCUUCUCCAGUAAAAAUAGCUGAAACCUUUUAUAAUGAACAAGCAUUAAAAUAUACUAUUCCUCCAAUAUGCCUUCCAAAUACUUACAAUGGAGAGUGUCAUGUAAAUCAUAUAAGAAAAAUGCAAGCCAGUUUUGCUUGGGAUUGGGGUCCAGCUUUUCCAUCAAUGGGUAUUUGGAAAAGUGUAGAAAUAAUUCCUGUAAAUGAAAUAUAUAUCAUGGAUAUUACAACAGAUGUUUAUAAAGAAGAAAAUUUUUGGAAUAUCAUAAUCACAGUAUUUCUUGAAGUUUCCUUACUAAAAAAUAAUCAGUCUACAAUUUGCCAAAUUUUGGCUAUUCUUAAUAUUAAUGAAAAAUCAAAUAUUUAUAAUUCUAGUAGUAUUAAUUUAAAUAUAAAUAAUGAACAUAUAAAAAAUACUAUACAUCUCAAAGUACCUGCAGAUCUUGUACAUGAGUGGUGGCCAAAUGGUUAUGGCAACCAAACGCUUUAUUCAUUAACUGUAACUGCAAAUACUUCUAUUAAUGUCAAGCAGAAGACAGUACGUAUUGGUUUCAGAACAGUAGAACUUGUACAAAAGCCUCUCAAAAAAGGAUUAAGCUUUUAUUUCCGAAUAAAUGGCAUUCCAAUAUUUGCAAAGGGUAGUAACUUCAUUCCAGCUAGUAUUUUUCCUGAAUUGAGUGCUAAAAUGGAGACAAUUAAACAUUUAUUAACAUCCGUAAAAGAGGCAAACAUGAAUAUGCUUAGAGUAUGGGGAGGAGGUCUUUAUGAAUCUGAAUUAUUUUAUAAUAUAGCUGAUGAAUAUGGAAUUAUGAUUUGGCAAGACUUUAUGUUUGCAUGUGGAAUGUAUCCUACUACAGAUGAAUUUCUUAAAUUAGUUAAAAAAGAGGUAAUACAAAAUGUACAGAAAUUAAAAAAUCAUCCCAGCAUUGUUCUUUGGGCAGGAAAUAAUGAAAAUGAAGCAGCUUUAUUUGGAAAUUGGUAUGGAACUGGAGCUAGUAAAAUAUAUAAAACUGAUUACAUUAAGCUUUAUGUAGACAUAAUCAAAAAGGAAGUAGAACAAUUAGAUUCUACACGACCUUUUGUAGUCUCUAGUCCUAGCAACGGAUUACAUACAGAACAGUAUAAUUAUAUUGGACAAGAUCCAUAUUCACAGUUAUAUGGAGAUGUUCACUAUUACAAUUAUCACAAUAAUGGAUGGGACAUGCAUCAAUAUCCUCGAGCAAGAUUUUCAUCAGAAUAUGGAUUUCAAUCACUACCAUCAAUUUAUAGUAUAUUGCCUGUUGCAAAAACAACUGCUGAUUUGGACAUAUACAGUAAUUUCAUGAAACAUCGUCAACAUUUGCCGUUAGGAAUGCUAUAUUUGACGAAACUUAUUUCCAAAAAUUUUAAAAUACCCGAAACUCAUAAUAGCGUACAAAAUUUUGAAAAUGACAUAUAUUUAAGUCAAGUUAAUCAGGCAGUUUCGGUAAAGGUACAAACAGAAUUUUAUCGACAAUCAAUGUCAGAAUUAAAUGAAGUAGGAGAGGGAAUGACAAUGGGUGCUUUAUAUUGGCAAUUAAAUGAUGUUUGGCAAGCUCCAUCUUGGUCUUCUAUAGGUAAUUAAGAUUAUUGUGGACGAUGGAAAAUGCUUCAUUAUUAUGCUGUUGAAUUUUUUGCACCUAUUAUAGUUACAUACUAUGUUAAAGAAAUGGAUCUUUCAAUUUAUAUUGUUUCUGAUAAGUUAUAUCCAAUAACAAAUGUUACUUUGGAAGUCAAUCUAUAUACAUUGAAUAGUAUGAAACCUGUACAAUCACACAAUCAUUACAAUAUAACUGUUGGAGCAAAUGCAGUAACUAAAAUUUAUGAUGAUUUACUUAAGACUUCAUGGAUUUUAAAUUCUACAACACAUAGUGAAUGCCAGUUUGAUAAUGAUGCUAAACAGGAAUGUAUUACAGCACUUACCUUAAAAGACAAAACUGGAAUUUCAAUAGCACCAAGAAAUUACAUAUACCCAAGCAAUGGUUUCAAAAACAUUUCAUUACCAAUUGCAAACAUUUCUGUACAAAUAAACGACUAUCAUUUACCUGGAAAAAAUUUUAAUAAUCCAGAUAUUGAACUUGAACUAACAACGGACAAUGUAGCGCUAUUUGUAUGGCUAGAAGCUGGAAAUAUUUGUGGCCAUUUCUCAGAAAAUGGUUUCCAUAUGUUUGAAAACAAAAAAAGAGUUGUGUUUCUUCCAUGUAAAGCAAUUACAUCAAAAGCAUUGAGAAAAAAUUUAAAAAUUACUACACUUUCUGACAUUUAUAAUACCAAUAGAUAA